UGUUCGCGCUCAGACGCACAGUGUAUGGGAACGGAGAAGCAGAGGAAUGAGAGAGUAGGCCUUUUGAUGUCUGUGUAUACUAAUAUUGCCUCACGCUACUCUGUUUAAGGAAUAAAUCCAUCUGCAUCCAUCAUCCCAUUUGUGGUGUGGUUGUGUUUCUGUGGUGUCUGGAGGUUACCACUUGAAGUCUGCUACAUCAACGUAAUAAUCAAUGUAUAUUAUGCGUCAAUAUUUACCGAUAAUUGCUGCAAAUAUAGCUGCUGCUCUCUGUCCUGCUUAAAACAAUUCAAACUGGUUGACAAGCGCGGAUUUGUUUGGAACUAUUGAGACCUACUUGAACCACGUGACAGCGUGGCUGCGAGAUCAGAGUUUUGCAGCUCUUAUAUUUUCCGGCUCUGGGACAGACUAGACUAGAUCUACUUGUAACAUUCUUCUGGCUUCAGGAAGUAUCCUACAUUUAAAUGUUAACUGCACAACGAAACCUUGAAAAAGUGGCAAUUCCAUGACUUUGUUUUAAAAGGAGAAGGCAAAAGGUUCAGAAAGAGGCCAAAUUCAUCAAGUUAAUAUCAGAUCUAAAAAAAGAUUUAGGGAAGACAUGGCUCCCAUCGCUUCUGAUUUAACAGAGAAGAAGAGAAAGCAAAUCUGUGCCUUGCUGGGGAAUGUGGAACUGACUCUUCUCUACAAAGCUUCAGUCCAUGGAUAUAACGCUUCUGCCUUCCACCAGCGAUGUGACCAUCAGGGCCCCACUUUACUUGUGGCCUACAACAGUUUAGGCUACAUCUUUGGUGGAUACACUAGUGUGGAUUAUGCUCAAAGUGACAAGAACAUUUUUGAUAAAGAAGCUUUUCUGUUUAAUGUUCGAGGUUUAACCCCUGUUCAAAUUAAAGUUAACGGAUAUAUUGCACGUCUUGAUGACGCUGGAGGACCUAACUUUUGCCAACAGUUGUACUUUUGCUACAACAACCAACCAGUUGUACAUUACAAGCCACAACCAGGGAAUUGGGGUCAGACAUUCAAUACUGAAAAGUUGUAUGGGAAUAACACUGAGCUGACUGAAUGUGAGGUGUACAAAGUCAACCAGAGCCUUCAGGUCAGUUUCAAAGAGAAGCCAUGGAGGAAUAUUCUUUGGACAGCUAAACGAAGAGAAGAGCUCAUGGGAUUGAUCAGGAAUCAUAAACCCAUGAUGGCGUCCGUGAGUCGGGUCAGAAUCCUAAUGAUUGGUCCUGUAGGUGCUGGAAAAUCCAGUUUCUUCAACUCCAUCAACUCCAUCUUCAUGGGUCAUGUGACCAACAAAGCAGUAUCAGGAUCUGCAGGCACUAGUGUCACCACAAAGUUUCGCACAUACCUACUGAAGGAUGGUCGUGAGAGAAAGCCAUUGCCAUUUGUGUUGUGUGACACCAUGGGACUUGAGGAGCAAUCAGGUGCAGGGCUGGACAUCGAGGACAUCAGCAGCAUCGUUCAAGGUCACGUACCGGACCGCUAUAAAUUCAACCCCAAAGCACCGUUUAAACCGGAUGAGAUCUCCAAACCUGCAUCUUUAAAGGAGAGGAUCCACUGUGUGGCGUACGUAAUAGACGCCACAAAAAUCUCCCUCAUGUCCGACAAACUAGAAGAAAAACUCAGUUCUGUACGUAGUCAAUUGAACUCACUGGAGAUUCCUCAGAUGGUCUUGAUGACAAAUGUAGAUGAAACAUGUCCUCAUGUGAAAGAUGACCUUGAAAAUAUUUAUGCAAGUUCCUAUAUCAAAAUGAAGGUGCAAGAGGUGAGCUCUCGGUUGGGUGUCCCGGUGUCUUGUGUGUUACCGGUGAAGAACUACAGCCAGGAGCUGGAGCUGGAGCUCAAAUGUGAUAUUCUGCUUCUCUCCGCUCUACAGCAGAUGCUUCGUUUGGCAGACGACUAUCUGGAUGAUGUUGAUACCAUUUAGGCCAUAUAAAGUGCUGCAUAUGGGGUUUAUACUUCUUGAUCAGCACAAGGAUUCAUCUUAAGUCAGAAGAUUAUUCUCUUCUGUUUGUCCAUUCUAGAUGCUUCAUAAUCAUACAUAAUAUUACUUUAAGAAAAUGAUGGCAAAUGCAAACAAAGUUCAUAUAUCACUUACGCUGCUCAUUACAUUAUAAUCACUGUUGCGUUUUGUAGGUGCGAUAUUGCUGUGCCACGAUCAGGUUUAUACUAAUACUAGAAUGAUGUGUUAGGACUACAAUUCAAGAUGCUAAAUUCUGUAGCCUAAUAAAAAAGUGCUUCUUUUGAUAAACUUAAUCUUUUUGAUUCUGUGCUUUAAGCUUGAAGGUUUCUUUCAGGACUGUGCAAGAUUAAAAUAAACAACAAUUAAUUAUACACAUAGAGCCUACAACUAAACAAUUACUUUUAUUAAUGUAAUGAAAAUAUACUUAUUUAAUAAAGGCCCUGAACAGACCAA